UCUCAGUAAUGUGUAGGGACAGUUGCACAGUGAUGAGCGUUGCAGUCACUGCCGCGUUCGUCUUACUCUCCUCCACCUCCUCUGGGAAUAACCAUUAUUUUUAUUCCCCACGAACCAACACACACAAUAACUUACAUAAGUGUAAAAUGUGAUGUGUAAACAAAUAGUGUUUUCUAAAAAAUGAACAUGCCUGGACUUGCCCCAGCUGUUUCUAACAUUUUUGUGUUUAGUCCUGUGGAUUAUUAUUCACUCAUUCAUCUUAGCGAGUGGGACCAUACGUGUCGGCCUCAAUUGGGGCUUAUUUAAAUAUCUUGAACGCAGCCUUUCAGCUUUCCUCUCGUGGUCAGCCCAGUGCGCAUGCGCUCUGCUGACACUCCAGUAAUCCGCUGUUAUGAGGAGAUUGCAUCCCCGUACUCUGCACUCAGGCAGUGAGGGAGACUUAAAAACGAGGGCGAUAAUACAACAGCGGGAGAAUAGGGGACCCUAAGCGGAACGUCACCCACCCAACGUUUUUUUUUUUAAAUCAACCGUUAAACAGGCUACAGGCACCGCAGGCUGGAGCGGCUUUCCACUGCGAGCGGCGUUGCAUCCGAGGCGACAGCGGGACCACGGCGAGGAAGUCUCCCCGCGUACGGCGGCGAGGCUCCGCAUCCGCAGCCCGAGCGGCGCUGGCGUGAGGCGAGCGCGGCAGCGAGGGGCGCCCGGCGGAACGCGGUGAAUUCUGCGCCGAGGCGCUUCUCCCGGGACGAUCCGGCGCGGCUACGCUCACGUUUCCUGAGCGCGCGUGACGCCCCCCGCGCGACACCAUCCUCCUGGCCUCUCUGCCACCUUUCGCAGCCUCGCAGCGCUGUUUGAUAAGCCACGCCGAAACGCACGCGGGCGUUAAUUAUCAUGUAACAGUCACGGAACGUGGAGAGCCUCGGGGUUUUUACAGGCUAUCGAUUCCCAUCGCACUUCUUCCCUGCCAGCGCUCCCCAGUUAUGCUAAUUGCGCAUCCGAACGCAAGUUGAUGAACUGGACCGAACUAGGCGCAGCGGUGGGAUCCGGCAGAAAUUAAGUUGCCUCGCCGACGGCGCGAGGAAGGAUCAUCUCCCGCAACCCGAGACGGCGCGUGCCUCUCGGGUGUUGUUGGAUGUUAUUACAGAAGUUGGAGAUGAGCUAUAAACGUCGUCACGGCGUCGCAACAGUUUAGGGAAGUUUCGGGGGAAGCUCUGCGGCCACGUUAAGUUCAUGUCAGUUUCUAGGCGUUCGUCAGAGACAAAGUGUGGAAAUCUACAAAAAAAGAAACAAAGUGGUGCAAUCUCAGAAAAGGCCCAUCCCUAUUUUUUUUCCAAACAUGACGUUGUCUCCAGUGGGAGAAGUGCAGCUGCGGCGUUUUACUGGUGAACCUCCACAGCAGCUGUUAGUCACGCCGGCUGUAUGAAAGACGAGACUGGGCUGCUAGCACGCUUGCAGUUCCGCCAGGACCCUUCCCCGGAUGUGCAAUGCAUUGAUUUCUCUCCCGCACCUCCGCUGUAAACACGCGCGUGGACGCAUUUCGCGUGACUUUUUUCCCCCCUCCAGCGAGACCCGUCUUCCGGAAGCUGUGCCGUAUGGCGACUGGGACGCGGGACCGCGCCGCGCACGCGCCCCAUCCCGUCGCUGCUGGUGCCGUGAGCACGUGCGCAGGCUAGAGGGCUAGAGCCAGGGAUGAGACUGCACAAACUGGGUGGAUGUGUCACUGGGAAUGCCGGCAGAAUUAUGAGGAGGACUAAGGAAGAGGUGGCGCAGAGUGUUCCGAGCUUAAAGUGCACGAGGAAGAGAAUCCUGAGCCUCUCCUGUGGGGAAACUGUAGUUCCUCCUGUUUGACAGCGACGGCUGAAUUGGAAUUCAGCAACACUCCAUGCGUCACAGCACUGUUUGAGUUGAGAACUUCGUGCACUGUGGGAAAUCCUCCCUGAUCCGCAUACUUGGCCUCCUACAAGAAGGUACGCCCAAGGUGCGAGUUCGCUUAUCUUCGACAUUUCCUGUCGCUGUGUUAGUGGAUUUGUUUCAAGUCCAACGCCCUCCGAGUUUUCGCUUUUAUGGGAGGAACUCGUUCCAGUUUGAAGCAGCAACUUGGGGGCGAAGACAACCUACUCCGAUAAAACCGCCCCCAUCUCCGCGGUGAUGGGAAGCUCGGCCUCCUCUCUCACGGCAGAGACGGAGUCGGACCAUGGCUUCCGCAGCACCCCGUACCCGUCGUCGCCCCCCGUGGGCUGGCUCAGGAACAGCCACAGCAGCCCAGUGUGGGGCACCACCUUCAUCACGCGCCAGCAGCAGCAGCAGCCCCCGUUGCCCCACCGGGAGCGCAGCCACUCCCACUCUCCUGGCUCCAUGGCAGCAGCGGUGCGCGGCAGCGAGUGGUCGUGUGGACGCUGCACCUUCCUGAACGCCGGCGCCGCGCCCCGAUGCUCCAUCUGCGAGGCGCCGCGCCAGAAGCCCGACCUCAACCAGAUCCUGCGGCUGAGCAGCUCCGAGGAGCAUCGCUGGGCCUGCCCCCGCUGCACGCUCAACAAUCCGCAGGGAUCCGGGGCCUGCUCCGUCUGCGGCUUCGGUCCGUCUGCUGCCACUCACACGCCGCCCACCACCACCAUUGCCGCCACUGCCAACGGCCUCCCGUCAGCUCCGCCUGAACCCCCAGCCCCUACCGUCACGCCCGCAGUGCUAUUAGAGCCCCACGGACAGCAUCCGGCUAAGGAAGAAGUUCUGCGACGUUCUGAGAGCAAUGGAGAGGUGGCUGCCUCGGAGGGGCACCAAUCGGGCUGGGCUUGCCCUCGCUGCACACUUCACAACACCCCUGUGGCUCUGUCUUGCUCAGCCUGUGGAGGACCCAGGAAAUUGUCCUUGCCCAAAAUCCCCCCUGAGGCCCUAGUGGUACCCGAGGUGCGCACACCUGUGUUGGGGUUUCCUGUUCACACACCAGGGGCUGCUCCACUGCUCAUAGAUCUGACAGAUGACUCUCCCCCAGCACCUCCCUGUGAUACUCAAGAACCCAUGCAUGCCCCCUCACAGUCGCUCUCUUCCACCUUUACGUCAUUCUCCUCCCUCCAGAACAACCCAGUGCCCCGCAGCCGGAGAGAGGUGCCCCCACCGGGGCGACCGCCCAACACAGGCACCAAUACUCCCAGUCCCACUUCCCCUUCCACAGCCAGUGUGCCACCCCAGCCGGGCCCACAGCGGCCCUCCAAGCCAAAACAUGCCCAACCCCAGGAACCUUCAUUCCCCAGCAAGCGCCUCACUAUCUUGGAGGAAGAAGAUCCUCAGCACCACCCACUGACUCCCCAUCAGCCUAUUGCUUCCUCAGUAGCCCCCACCUGGAAGUGCCCUAGCUGCUCGUUGCCCCUCCCAGGUGGUUCGUCUAAGUGCGAGGCGUGCCGCUCGUCGCAGGGUGCCGCUGACCUCAUUGACCUUGUAGGCUGUGAGACGGUACGGUUUACACCAGCCAGCCCCUCCAGCCCAGACUUUAGCACCUGGGCUUGCUCCAAGUGCACCCUGCGCAACCCUACAGGUGCGCCCAAGUGCUCAGCCUGUGGUUCUUCCAAGCUCCAUGGCUUUCAGGAGCAGCAGGCUCCCCUGCCUCGCUGCUGUACACACUGUGGCCUCCCUCUGGGGACUGGUACUGCAUCGUGUUCCUGCACACCUUCCUCUUCGGCACCCUCCUCCUCGGGCCAUAAGGCGCGAAAGCAGGGCCGUGGCUUCCCCCCUUCCUCCUCAGCGGUUGCUCCCUCUAGUUCCGCUUCCUCCGCCACCUCUUCAAACCUCCAGGAGAAAGUAGGACAGUGGAGCUGCCCGGCCUGUACGCUGCUCAAUGACAUCAAGGCCAAGAACUGUGCAGCAUGCCAUACGCCCCAGCAGUACCUCACCUUGCGCAAGGUGGUGAAGCCUCUGAAGAGGAGGGAGAGCAUGCAUGUCGAGGCCCGCCGUCGAAACGAUGAGGGCGAGGCCAAGGAACUCUGGGAGAACAUAGUGAGCUUCUGCAGAGAGAAUACAGUGAACUUCGUGGAUGACAGUUUUCCCCCCGGACCUCGAUCGGUGGGUUUCCCCGAGGGUGACAGCGUCCAGCAGAGAAUUAAAAAGUGGCUUCGCCCCCACGAGAUCAACUGCAGCAACUUUAAAGACCGGGGCGUCAAGUGGUCCGUCUUCCGAACGCCGCGGCCCUCCGACAUUCUGCAAGGUCUGCUCGGAAACUGCUGGUUCCUGAGCGCGCUGGCAGUGCUGGCAGAGCGUCCGGAGCUGGUGGAGAGAGUGAUGAUCACCAGGACUAUUUGCCCAGAGGGGGCCUACCAGGUCCGCUUAUGCAAAGACGGGACGUGGACAACGGUGCUGGUGGACGACAUGCUCCCCUGUGACGACUACGGCUACCUCCUUUUCUCCCAGGCCCAGAGGAAGCAGCUGUGGGUGGCGCUGAUUGAGAAGGCCUUGGCCAAACUCCACGGCUCCUACUUCGCCCUGCAGGCCGGGCGCGCCAUCGAGGGCCUGGCUACGCUAACGGGAGCCCCCUGCGACUCGCUCAUGCUCCAGGUCAGCUCCACUAACCCCCGGGAGGAGCCGAUCGAUACAGACCUCAUCUGGGCCAAGAUGCUCAGCUCUAAGGAGGCUGGGUUUUUGAUGGGUGCGUCCUGUGGAGGAGGCAACAUGAAAGUAGAUGACGCCGUGUACGAGUCUGGGCUGCGGCCUCGACAUGCUUAUUCCAUCUUGGACGUGCGAGAUGUGCAGGGUUACAGGUUGUUAAGGCUGCGCAACCCCUGGGGUCGCUUCUCGUGGAACGGCAGCUGGUCGGAUGAGUGGACAGACUGGCCACAGCACCUGCGACACGAGCUCAUGGCUCACGGCAGCAGUGAGGGAGUCUUCUGGAUGGAGUACACGGACUUUAUAAAGUACUUCGACUCGGUGGACAUCUGCAAGAUCCACUCGGACUGGCAGGAGGUGAGGCUGCAGGGCUGCUUCCCCAGCAAAGCCAGCGGGCCCGUCACCGUCACCGCCCUCACGGUGCUGGAGAGGACGGCGCUGGAGUUCGCCCUUUUCCAGGAGGGCAGCAGGCGCUCGGACACGGCCGACAGCCACCUGCUGGACCUGUGCAUCAUGGUGUUCCGCGCCUCCUUCGGCAGCAACAACAAGCUGACCCUGGGCCGCCUGAUGGCGCACAGCAAGCGCGCGGUGAAGAAGUUCGUCGGCUGCGACGUCAUGCUGGAGCCGGGGGAGUACGCCGUGGUGUGCUGCGCCUUCAACCACUGGCAGAUGAACGUCAGCGGGACGGGAGGCCCCCCCACGCCCAUCUCGAGCCCGACCAGCGGACCGGCCCGGCGGCCCAGCCACGACUUCCCCGGCUACAUCCUCGCCAUCUACAGCUCCCGGCAGGUGAUGGUGGAGCAGGUGGAGGCGACGGCCACCACGCUGGCCGACGCCAUCAUCCUCCUCACGGAAAACAAGGGGGAAAGACACGAGGGCCGCGAGGGCAUGACCUGCUACUACCUGACCCACGGCUGGGCUGGGCUCAUCGUGGUGGUCGAGAACCGUCAUCCCAAGUACUACCUCCACGUCUCCUGCGACUGCACUGACAGCUUCAACGUGGUGUCCACGCGCGGCAGCCUCAAGACCAUCGACAGCGUGCCUCCUUUGCACAGGCAGGUGUUGGUGGUGCUUUCGCAGCUGGAGGGGAACGCCGGCUUCUCCAUAACCCACCGGCUAGCUCACCGCAAGGCGGUCCAGGCCUCCCUGGGGGACUGGACCCCCACCAAGGCCACACACAGCCCCCAGCUCACCCCCGACAUCGACGGCCUGCACCGGCCCCGGCCGCUAUGACCACCGCCCACGUCGUCCCACGCUCACUGACUGAUCCCACGAACUGUCCGACCACUGGAAAACGGGGCACGGGGGGGGGGUGCAGGCCGUGUGCACAAAGAAAGAUGUGUGUCCUUAGAUGAACGCACGCCUGAAUGUACAGAAUGAGCGGGCCUCCUCCCAAUGCUACUUAAAUGCUGAAGUUGCCAUUUGGCCCUCAUGCGCUCUCGUCGUGUGCCAAGUGCAUGUGCCACGUGAGGAUGGAGCGAGGGAAGAAGCAGGUCAAGCUGGAGGCGCUGACAGGACGGACGCCGGCUACUUUACACUGUGGACGUUUUUUUUGUUUUUGGUACGUGCACUGUAUGCGGAGCGGAGGUCGACCCCCUUGGCUUCGGAGGAGCUUCAGGGUGGAGUGCUGCAACUACUGAGCCACUCGCCGGCCCACGGACUCACGAGCCGCUCCGUGUCGGUGAACGCAGCGGGUCGCGUCAGGCCCCUCAGUGCGGUACUUAAUGAGCCAAACCCAACUGGACUGACUAGUCACACGCGCGGUUCUACUUUCGACAGCGCACGCGUUGCUGUUGCGUCCGUAUUUCUGUUCUCGAGGUUGUAGAAUAAGCCAUCGCGCGUGUCUCCGCUCUGAAUCAUCACCGCGGUGCUGUUCAGCGCUCGCUCUAGCUCAGGACCAAACCCAGGAUUUGUGCAGUAAGGUGGAUUCAAGCAAAGCCUCGUGCUGCUGCCUCUUCCGGCGUGUCUCUUCUAUGUAAAAGCAGCCGCGGGACGGGAGGAAGGACGGUUGACGGACCAGCACACGCUCCACAGAAACAACGCCAUACCUCCGUUUGUCUUUGUCUGCGGCACAUUCGUUUUCAUUCGCCCUCAGUUCUGGGCUUUUUGAGCUGGAGGCCAGUGUCAGUCCACCCUAAAGGAGCUCCUGUGAGGAGUUUACUCUGGUCAGGGGGCGCUUUGGUUCGCUUUGGUGCAGUGCCAGUAUCUGGGCCAUCCUCCCUCUAGAACACACCAACGGCACAUUAGCAACUGCUUGUGUAAUAGCAAAUUAGCAUUUUGUUAGACUCAACAAGGGAAAGGAGGGACCCCUGGGACUUGUUUGGUUCUCACAUCGGUUUCACGGAGGUCUUUCUCCUGUUUAGCUUGUUCUCUUCAACUUCGACAGUGUCAAAGCCAUUAUUCCCAUCUGUCUAAGAAUCAGUCCUCACCAUGGCAACGUGGAUGUUUUAUCGGAGAGGGGGGAAGACUAAUGUGGUACUAUAGUAACAGCGUCUCAGAGUUUGUCUUAUUGUUGUGUGGGUAUCGGGAGAAAAACUUGAAUGCGGAUGAAUAGAAUCCCUGCGACUGCAAUGAAUAGAUUUUAUAUAGUGAUGACGAUUUGGAGUUGAAGCGGUUCAGGACUUUAGUCUCAGCGUUAAUGCUAAACGUCUGCACAAUGUCCCAGUGUCUCUCUCACAUCUGCCAGCAUCGGUAGGUUCUACAUCAGGACCGUGAAAUAACUGUAAAUAUGUUUUCCAAAGAACCCUCAUGUCUAUUCAUCCCUUCUAGAUUUGCCCUAUAAGUGUGUGUGUGUGUGCGCGUGUUGUUUCGGCUGAGCAGCAGCUGUUAAGGUAGUGAGUAAUUUAUUUGUAUAGGUGGCUUUCAGGCCGGUCGUCUAACAAAUACUGUCGAUCAAGGAGGCGGUGAAUGGCGGAUGAAGCAAUGUGUUAUUUGAUGGACAGCCCUGAGGGACGAGCGCGAUGAGAAAUGAGGCUGCACUGAAACACGUGCGACGACGAGGCACCUCUGGAUCACUUCAGGUUUCCUCGCGGUCGAGCUUUGGUUUUGAACCCCGUUCCUUCCAUCCUACUUGUGUCCCACCGAGCCGCUCCUCUGCCGCUGGGCUGCGACCGGGACCCGUCUCCGCUCCAGGAGCACCACCUGCUGCCGAAGAGGCUUCAGCCGGGGCAACGCGACAUAAUGCCUUUUCUCUCUCCUCCUUUGUCUGGUUUUCCUCCUUGUGAACUGUAAAGCUUGCAAAUAUAAACCACACAGAAGAUAAAAAUGAAAAACAAAAAAAAUCAGCUGACUCUUUUCAACGUAAAAUGAUACAUGACAAAAAUUCUUCUGGAAAAUAGGACUUAACGAAUGUGAUCUAUAUUUUAUUGAUUUUUUUUCUGGGAUAUACAGUAUGAGUAUAUGUGUACAAACAUGUAUGUUUCAUUUUCAAUCUCAGGUUCUGGUGGACCAAAUAAAUUUUUUUAAAUUAAA